AUGCAGUAUUACCGUGGUGAUAGGGCAGGAUCGAAAGGCAUGCCGACCAUGGUCGGUGGCCUGCAAUACGUCAGAGCCCACCACGAACUAGUGGCAAGGGCUUUGUUGAUGCUAGCACCAGGCAACUCAUCAGAAGGAGAUCUCCCCAUACGGCUGGGAGUCAUCCAAUCCCGCCCGAGAGCCCGAAUUGUUACAGCCAGUGCCAGCCGCCACGUUUUGAACUGGAACGCAGCGACGUGGGAGCGAACAGGUCACGCGGGACAGGGCCUCAGCCCUCGGUCCCUCCUCGAUCAAGGAACGCUGCGAGUGUGGACGGCGGCAGCCAACCAAAUCGGGUUCGUGGUCUUAAUUCGCCACAGGGCCUUGGGUUGGGAAGCCGCCGGCGGGUCCGUGUCGCUAAGUGGCCACUGCCUCGUCCAUGCUCAUGCACAAAGGCACAGAGUGCCGCCGUCGCCUGCAGGCCGACAGGCCGACCACUCCUGCGCUCUGCCGCUUGGUGGGAAGGUGGCGAAGUUGGAGGGCUUGGCGGCCAGGGAGCCCCAGCCUGAGUGGCAGGUGGUGCUUCAGACCUCGAUCGUCCAGGGCCACGAAGGGGCAUUGACCCGGCUGCAGGUUUCAGCGACUCUCGAGGGUCCUCUCUGCCUGUCUGCCGAGGGGAACAAUGACGAGGGGUUCGUUUGA